GAAAGUAACAAUAUUUAGAAGGAAGCGAAGGAUUAUUUGGACCCGCUACAAAGAAGAAGAGAAAACCCUAGGCUCGUCGCCCCUCUCUGAGAAACCCUACAGCCUGAAGAUGCCGUUCAAGAGGUACGUUGAGAUCGGGAGGGUCGCUCUCGUCAACUACGGCGAAGACUACGGAAAGCUCGUCGUCAUUGUCGAUGUCAUUGACCAUAACAGAGCUUUGGUGGAUGCUCCUGAUAUGGUCAGAUCACAAAUGAACUUUAAGAGACUUUCUCUUACUGACAUUAAAAUUGACAUUAAGAGGGUCCCUAGGAAGAAGGAACUCAUUGAAGCUAUGAGCGCUGCUGAUGUCCAGAAAAAGUGGGAGGAUAGCUCUUGGGGGAGAAAACUGCUCGUGAAGAAAAGAAGAGCAUCACUUAAUGAUUUUGAUAGGUUCAAGCUAAUGUUGGCCAAGAUAAAGAGAGCUGGAUUGGUGAGGCAAGAGCUUGCGAAACUGAAAAAGAGUGAAUCUUAGGAGAAGCCCAUUUCUUUAGCUUCAAAUUUUGUUACAGAAUUUUAUUUAUCUGCUGUGGAUUGUUAUCCCUUCAGCUUCUCGAGCCCUUGGGAGUUGGGGAUUUUUUCUGGAGUGCAUGGAAUUUUGGACAUCAAGUGUAGCGAGUUUUUACCGUGUCUGACUUUUUCACAAUGCAUCAACAUUAGUGGAAUUAAAGUAUAUACCUGAAUCUGCUGAUGUUUCUCCGCUUAAAUGUUAAAUCAGAUUUUUGUGCCUC